GUUAUAGGAAAAAGGCCGCCGUGGCCGCUCUGAGGUUCCUCUCUGCCCGUUGUCUUUACAUCCCGUUCGUGGUGCAUUAUUGUAUUUCUGUUUUCGGUACGCUUUACUGAAAUCUGGGAUCGACCGAUCUCCCGUGCUCGCGUCGUAUGAGGUACGGUGAAGUUUUAUCAUUCACGUUCUCCAUCGACGCGCCGCUAGAAUGCCGAAAAGGAAGCAUCAGGCCCUCAUAGAUUCCGACAGCGGGAGCGCGUCGGAGAGCGGUUCGGAUCUGGAUAAUGACCUGUUGUCAUUGGCAAAGAAAAAGAAAGGAAAGUCCCAGGAUGAUUCACAAUCAAAUGAGGAUAAUGGAUCUGUUAAGAAGGAUGUCAAACAUGAAUCAGAUAUGUCAGAUUCUGAUGACAACUGGAAUAACAAAUCUGGGAAAACAAAGAAGAAAAAAGCACCAUCGAAGAGAAGCAAGCGAAAGAUGACAAAAUCCAGUUCAGAGGACAGUGCCAGUGAGAAGGAAUCAGCUAAACAGCUUUCAGAGCCAGAAGAAGGUGAGGUAUCAGAUUCAGAUCCAAGUGGUUCCAGCUCCAGCCAAGAAGAAUUCAAUGAUGGCUAUGAUGAUAAACUUAUGGGAGAUGCGGAGGAUCAAGCUAGACUUGCACAAAUGACUGAGAAAGAACGCGAACAAGAAAUUUUUAAACGAAUUGAACAACGUGAAAUUAUGAAGACAAGAUUCGAAAUCGAGAAAAAGUUGAGAAUGGCCAAGAAACAAGAGUUGAAAAAACAAAAGGAAUCGAAAAAGAAGGAGAAGGGUAUUGAAGAGAGACAGAAAAUAGAUCGAGCACCGGAUCCUAAAGAGAGAAGUAAAGAUCGCAAGAAGACGAUAGAAGAAAAGCAGGAUAAAAAGUUUCAUGCGAUGUCAUUGCUCAAAGCUAGACGUGAAGAAAAGAAAGAACGAGAGGAAAAAGAGAAACAGAGGAUAGAGCAGCAGCAACAACAAUCGAAAGAUAUGGAGGAAGAAGAAUUGGAAGACGAUCAUAAAGGUGGUGCAAACAAAACAAAACUUAAGGCAUCCGAUAUAUAUUCCGAUGACAGUGGUUCAUCAGAUAGCGGAGAGGAAGAAGAAGCUAAACAAACAUCUCAACGCAGAUCGUCUUCGAGCGAUAGUCGCGAUUCAGAUUCCGACAAUGAUAAAAAAUCAAUCACUAGUAACAAAGCUAGACCCAAGAAGCCAGUGUAUAUCAGUACUAAGGAAGAUCUAAACAAAAUUCGAUUGUCUCGUCAUAAGAUGGAAAGAUUCGUUCACUUACCUUUCUUUGACAGAGUGGUACAAGGUUGCUUUGUCAGAAUAGGAAUCGGCAAUAAUAACGGUAAACCUGUCUAUAGAGUAGCUGAGAUAAGCGGAGUGUGCGAGACAGGGAAGAUUUAUCAACUUGGCGGUACGAGGACGAAUAAGGGAUUGAAAUUGCGUCAUGGUGCGCAGGAACGAGUAUUCAGGUUAGAAUUUGUCUCGAAUCAGGAAUUCACUGAUUCCGAGUUUUUCAAGUGGAAGGAAACUUGUGCGCUACAAGGAAUAUCUACGCCUACAUUUGACGAAGUGGAGCAAAAAUUGAAAGAUAUUAAGGAAGCAAUGGUAUAUGAAUUCAAAGAGGAGGACAUAGAAAAGAUAGUACGCGAAAAGGAGAGGUUCAAACAGACUCCUUACAACUAUGCAAUGAAAAAAGCGCAGCUGAUGAGAGAUCGCGAUGCGGCUAAUUGCAGGGGAGAUGACGAGACAGCUAGUCGGCUUAAUCAAGAAUUAAGUGAAUUGGAAGAGCGCGCAUCAGAACUGGAUAAAAUGCGUACAGCAACAAUUUCCAGUAUAUCAUACAUAAAUGAUCGCAACAGAAAGAAGAAUGUGGAGGAAGCUGAGAAAGCUAUAAUGGAAGAACUGAAGGCUAACAAGGGUAAGAAGAUCGAUGACCCGUUUACCAGACGAAGUACUAAACCGAGAAUGGUGUACAAGCCAGAAGAUGACUCUGAAAUGGUAGCAACAGUUCCAGUGAAUGAUAAAUUGAAUCCUCAUCCUGCUGGAGAUUCAAUGUCUGCUGCUGAUAAGGAAAAUGGACAAGAAUCCAAGAAGAAGCAAAGCACAGAAGACCUAUUUAACGCUCAUGAUUUUGAUAUAACAAUCGAUUUGGAAGUUCCUAUUCCAAGCAAUCCCGUUAGUGUUUUACCGAAGCCCAUUAAUAAUAUCAAGGAUACAGGACCCCGUCGAUCGUUAAAUCUAGAAGAUUACAAAAAGAAACGCGGUCUUAUCUAACAGUUCAUACGUCUUAAGUAUUAUAAAGAUGUGAUAAGUUGUCGAGGUUGUCUUGUAGUAAUUAAAGAUAUCGCCUCAUCUAUCGAAUGCUCCGUUUAAUGACAAAAACAGGUAUACAUUCUUGUAAUUAUUGACUGACAGUUUAAAUUAUUUGACACUCACAAUGUUACGACUGAUGGCGAAAUCAUCUGUUUAAUACAUUGAAUGUGAUAACAGUUUGCUAAUUUUAUGCACGAAGAUUAACUAGUAUUGUAUUAUAGUUAACUUAAUAAGUAAAGGAAUUAACGAAACAAAUGAUAUGAUACUUAAUGGCUUUCAGAAUUUUAUAACAUAACGUUAUAUUAACGACUUUAUCCGCGUAUGGGAUAAUUUAUGUGAGAUAGAUUGAAAUCAUUGCUGUGAUUUAUCCAGACGUGUCUUAUAUUUCAGAAGAAAUCUUCCGCGAUGCUUUAAUUUAUUUACUUGCUAUAUGAAGACAGAAUUCUUAAUUAUCACUAGCGUUCAUCGUGACAUUCAACGUAUUAUUACAGAUGGUUUUAAGAAGGUCCCAACGAAUCGGUUCCUAUUGUGUACUCCAAAUAGCAACAUUGCCAUUGUCGAAUGGAAAAUUAUAAUUACAUACAUAAUAAUUGAAUAGAACAAUUGUUUGAUAAUGAGAGUACUUAUAAAAUAAGGUUUAUUACUAAGUACUGUAAAAAGAAUAUAAUCUUACAUUUUAUUAUACAGCUUCCAAUAUUGUACACGUGAGAUAACCAUAUAUCUCAUACUUAAAUGAAAAAGAAAGAGAAAAAGAGGAAAAAGACGCGUUUGUAUUAAAUAAUGAAGUUAUUUGCCAAAUUCUUAUAACGGAAAUAUUAUUUGUAUAACUCUGAUUACAUAGGAGUUUAUGUUGUACAUGAUAGAAUAAAAAUCUUACUAAAGGCCAUGUUAACAGAAAAUGGAAUACAUGUAAUUAACGUUAACAGUAUAACAGUGUUAUAUCAAGAUAUACUUAUAUCUCUUAAUUGCACAUAUUUUGUACAUCAUACUGCUCGUAUAUUGUUCAUUGAUGUACAGUAUAUUGUGAUUUUAACAUCACUUUCAAUUAAUUACUCAUAUACUUUCAAUAUUUUCUAUUGAGACAAAAACUGUAUAUAAAUAUUUGGACGUUUUGAAAUUAUUUUUAUUUUAGUUUGAAAUUUUAGAUGUUAAUGCAAUAGUUAAUAAAAUAUUUUUAGCAGUAUCGAUUUUCUUGUUUGAGUAUUUAACAAGCUAAUUAAAAAUAGGUUAAUAUACUGCCUAUUGCUUACUUGUUUUUUUAUUACUUUAACACCGACGAAAAAAGAUUGUGUGAAAAGUAUAAAAUAUGAUUAGUAAAUUGCAAGUAUGGCAUAUUUACGAUUUUAUAGUUGUAUUUAUCAUUGUGACAAAAAAAUAUGUACAAAAGAAUAUUGCAUCAUAUUAUAUUAUAUUGCAGCAAAGCAUCUUUACUGUGUCUACAUUUCUUUUACUGAAAUUUGUACAUAUGUGUAUUUAGGGAUGUGUUUAAGCAUGGAUAAGAAACUUAGGAUUUUUCUUCUAAUCGUUUAGUAAGCUAUUAUUUUUCUGACCUAGGAUAUCUUCAAGAAAUCGUAAUUGUGUAGCCAUCAGUAAAUAUUGUAAAACUGUAGAAAGCAGUUCUUGUAUUUGUGUAAUAUAUUAUUUGUAUGAAACGUACGAAGGAUUAGCACGCUGAGUGCUGAAAUAAUAGACACAUAAUAUUUA